UGGUAAGUGUCUGCGUCUAUCUUUGGGGCCUAUGUCACACACUAGGGCCUAAUCUAGAUGACCUGGGCUAGGGAAUUACUGUCCCGGAGCCCCAGAGAUGAUGCAAAAGAGAUAUGCUGACUUCCUGCGCAACUUUCGGGCAGACUCGGUCUUCAAGCAGAAAGCGGCGUCCGUGUACUACCAUCUCCUAUUUGGCCUUUUAGGUAUCGCGAACUAUUGAUACAACAUCAUCGGUCGCGACGGCGCCCAUUAUGAUAGUCAUGCUGAAUUCACCAAACUUAGGCGCGGUGAGUUGACAAUUACUGUGGAGCUUUCUGAACUGGGAUUAUUUGAUGGGGCACUACUGACAUCGCUUCAAAAGUCACCAGAGGAUCAACUGGAUCUUUUUGAAGCUGCGGCCAAUGACGUGCUGCGUAGGGCAGUCCUUAGCAAUACACCAUGUUCGCCCCAGUGCAGAAAAUUGACAGGUGUAAGUCAUUCGCUUAGGUAAUCGAAGUAUUGGGGUGCAGAUAGCACUGAAAUCAACACAACUUGCAACCCCACUACGUUUACUUGCUGCAGACCACGUGGGGAAACUCAUAAAGGUUUCAGGGAUCAUUGUUAGUGUGCAUGCACCGUGGAUUGCGAACCAAAUUUGGGGCAACUGACUACUUUUUAUAGGUUCAUCCAAGGUCAAAUCGAAGGCAGCUCGAAUUGAGAUUCAGUGACAGACGUGUUUCUAUUAAAUAUGGCACUUUGUUUGAUGCAUCAUAAUGUAGGUGCUCGCGUUGCGGAAAGCGAGAUUCUCUGGACUGUAGAGGUACCUUCUCAACUGCAUCGCUACCAAUAAAAUGCAAUAGUGUUAGUCAGACAGAUUGUGGGUCUACCCCUUACGUAAUCUUACCAGACGAUUGUUCGUAUGUGGAAAUGUCUUGUUUGAUUGGUGCUGCCUGAGCAGUCUACAUCUAGGUACACAGAUCAACAAACAUUGAAGCUGCAGGAAGCACCAGAGACUGUCCCUGCGGGUGAGAUGCCACGAUCUACUCUUGUGGUGGUAGAAAGGGGCUUAGUCGACAUUGCAGCUCCUGGAGCUCGAGUAUCAAUCCUUGGUGUUUUGUCUCUCUUUGAACGCGCAGACAAACCUCAGAAUCCCGAUGCUGCAGUUGCCGCAAUUCGCUUGCCUUAUAUAAAGGUGGUAGGAAUCGAUUUCAACGUGGAUGGUCAUGGGAACAAAUCUCGGCAUUUUAGUCCUGCCGAGGAGGACCGCUUUGUGGAACUUUCGCGGCGGUCUGAUAUAUACAGGCUUUUGGCUGCAUCUAUAGCUCCCAGUAUUCAAGGUGAAUAUACUUUGGAUAUAAAAAAGGCGUUGGCGUGCCAGCUUAUGGGUGGAUGCAAGAAAACGCUGCCAGACGGGGUCAAGUUACGUGGUGACAUUAAUGUUUUGCUCCUGGGCGAUCCUUCAACCGCCAAAUCCCAGUUCCUAAAGUUUGUGGAGAAGGUUGCUCCCGUUGGUGUAUAUACAUCUGGUAAGGGUUCUUCAGCUGCUGGUUUGACAGCAUCAGUUAUUCGAGAUAAAAAUCGAGAAUUUUUCCUUGAAGGUGGCGCUAUGGUUUUGGCGGAUGGAGGUAUAUGCUGUAUUGACGAAUUCGAUAAGAUGCGCGAGACAGACCGAGUUGCAAUUCACGAAGCUAUGGAGCAGCAGACGAUAUCUAUUGCUAAAGCUGGCAUCACAACAGUGCUCAACUCUCGCACAUCUGUUCUUGCUGCAGCUAAUCCAGUAUAUGGUCGUUACGAUGAUCUUCGUUCUGCCGCAGAGAAUAUAGACAUGAUGUCAACGAUUCUUUCGCGCUUUGACUGCAUUUUCAUUGUCAGAGACAUCCGAGAUGAAGGCCGCGACCUCUCCAUAGCUAAGCACGUCAUGGGCGUUCACAUGAAGGCUUCAAACACAGCUGGAGUCGUCCAGGCUUCAGCAGACCCACAAACGAGUCUGAACAACGCAGCUGAUAGCAUUCUCGAGCUCAAGUUAUUGAGGGAUUAUGUUGCUUACUGUCGCACAAAGUCCUCUCCGCGCCUGAAUAGUGAAACAGCUGCAUUUUUACAGGGUUUGAUUUCACAUGCAAGCAAUAGUAAUUUUUGAUGUAGGCCUUGCUUUCAUCAGAGUAUGUUUCUAUUCGCGAAGUUGUAAAACGGCAAGGGGACUGCACCGGUGGACAAAGACACCAAGCUGCACAUUGCAGUGUGCAAAAUCGAAGGCAAAUAUUAUCUUUAUGCCACCUUAGGUGCCCGUGACUGUACGUCAGCUAGAGGCACUUGUGCGAAUCGCCGAAUCCUUGGCGAAGAUGCGUCUCGAAGCAACCGUGCAGUCCCGAGACGUCCACGAAGCACUUCGAUUAUUCAAGGUGUCGACUAUGGCUGCUGCAUCCGCUGCUCCACAGACGGUUGGAGUUGAGAUGAGAUUCCUUGGUGAUGAGGAGCGUCUCCAAAUUCAGAACGCGGAGCAAUUUCUAAAGCAACGUGUGCCUGUUGGUACCGAUGCCAAAAUGUUGCUUGUUCUAGACGAAGGCGUUGCUCUUGGCCAUGCUGAUUUCGCAUUGCGCCGGGCACUCAAAAUCAUGAGCAAUCGCAUGGAAUUUACAGAGUUGGACAAAGGUCGACGUCUUCGCCGACUGAGGUAACGAAGGAAUUUUGGCCAGAACGAGUGAUGGCAAUUAUUACUGGACCCAAUCCAAGUUGGACACUUCUGUCAACUGUUGGUUCUAGUUCAUGGAACUAUAAUACUUCCUGCCGUCAGACUACAUCAGGCAAUAGCUUCUUCAUGACUCGCAAGCCUGGACUAUUUUGGAAGGUCUUUGAUGCAUUGAGGGUAGAAAAGAGAGACUUCAAUCUUGCAUACUAGCCGCCGCCCGAUUGCGUGCUACCGGGUUGACCGUCUAUAAUAACCGCCUUGGGGAGCACAAGGCAGAGCGCUGCUGCGCUGCACUGCAGGUCCGAGUCUAGGCUGCAGAUCACCCGUGCCAGUCACUUGCCUGUGAACACCCCUCUUGUCACGGUAACCCCUCGGGAGACUCGGCGAGGGAGAUCCGGGCUAAACUUGAAUCAUUAAACGGGUACACGGGCUGAAUAAAUAAAUAAUAAAUAAAGGAAGACCUAAAAAAAGGAAAAUGCUCUAAGGGCCUUCACCCUGCUCGGUCAGGAUGCCCAACCGGACUGAUAAUACAUAGUAGAUUACAUAGUCACGGUCACGGCGGUAACUUGAAGACGCUUGUAAACUUGAAGAGCACUCAACUGUCUGGGCGGUUUUAAAUACAAGCUAGUAAACCCUUUUCGGGCGAGCGGAUGGGCGUCGAGCCUUGGUGCCCGUCGAGCCCUUGCCCAUCCGGGUGC